GGUGCGCGCUGCGCGGUCCCGCGCUCUUUGGGGUGUAGCGCAUGUUGAAGAAGAAGAGAGGACGUGUCGUCUCUGAGGACAAGUUCAGGUGAUCCACCUAAGGACGUGUCAUUAUGAAGAAGCAAGACUCCAGUGGUAGCCUGCCUCCUUCGCAGAGCAUAGAGUCCAACACAGAGCUUUCAGCACUGACUGAGGAAUUGCAGAAGAAAGUGAACAAUGUGGAAAGGAACAUCUCUGAAACUGAAGACAACUUGGCCAGAGACCAGGUUGCGAUUCAUGAGGGGAAGGAACCAAUGUUCAUGAAUUACACCAGAAGAAAAAUACAAAGCACCCUGGAGAGACUUAAGGAGGUAGAGGAGGAUGCUGCUGAUGCUGCAUGUCUCAAGCACCCAGAAACACAAACAAUGGAGGAAAAUCUCAAGCAGCUGAGAAAGAGAAUUAUGGAACUUAAUGAGAACCAUGACAAAAUUUACAACUCAGCACCUUCAGAAAGGCUCCCCGCUAUUAACUGGGAAAAAAUUAUCAUGGAGAGGCAGGACAGUCUGAGCAGCAAGAGGUUUGGGACUGACCUGCCUACUGUUGAGGGCCAAAUGGAGGAACACAGUAUAUUCCAUAGUGAAGUUGAAGCUCUGGGACCUCUCAUAACUGACAGUGAUGACAAGGAGCUCAUGAGUGACUUGCAGCUGAAGUACAACACGCUGUUGGCCACAUCAACAGCAUGGCACCAGGACCUGCUCAGCCUGCGGGACUACAUGCUACGCUGCACCAUUGAGCUCUACUGGAUGGAUCGGCAGGUGGAAGACCGCAUCAACUACGACUGGAGCGAUGCCAAUGCGGAUUACCCGUAUCGACAGAGACAGCACGAGAACGUGCGCAAAUGUCUCGGAUUGAAGGAGGCUGCUGUUACCAGUUUGUGCGAUGAAGGGGAAAAGCUCAUAGCUGCCAACCACCCAGGAAAAAAUGUUAUUAAGGCACACAUGGAAGCAGUUCAGGCAGACUGGCAAGAGUUCAAUAGCCUGCUCAUUUGUGAGCAGAGUCACCUUAGCAACAUGGAAGAUUAUCACAAAUAUUACAAAGAUGAACGAGACAUUCAGGACUUCCUGAAUAGUUUGGAUGCAGAGCUGAACCAGAAAUACAUCCCUGCAUUUAAAGACUUGUACCAGAUUGAGGGUCUGAUUUCUGGCAUAGAUGACCUGGUGGAAGAAUUAGAUCAUCACGAGGAACGAGUGAAGGCUUUGGAGAGGCGCAGUCAGCAGGUGUGUCCCCUAAAAUUCCGCAGGGAGAUGCUCAAGAUGCCCCUAAAGGUGGAGGCCCUAUGUGACUUUGUUACAGACAAGGGGAAGAUAACUCUUGGAGAGAGGUACACCCUGCUCGCCAACAAUGGAACCAAAUGGGAUGUGAAGGAUUUGGCCGAAUGUCAGCUGUCUGUCCCUGCUGUGUGCUUUGUAAUCCCCCCACCUGACCCGGAAGCCAUCUCUCUUUCAGAAAAAAUUUCAAACCAGCUGAAAAUUCUCAAACAAAAGGUCUCCAGCAACAAGGUCGUACUACUGAAUCAGCUUGAGGUCCUUAAGAAAGCAAGCUCAAGUGUCGCUGGUAACCAAGAUCAGUUGUGUCUUCGACUGAUGGCCUGCUUGGAAAAAGUGACUAGUGAUCUGGAAAAGCAGGAGAAAGCCAUCUACAAUUGUCUUCGGCCUCCACUGCAGCAGAAUCAUCCACUCCAGGACAGUUCCGAUCGGCUGCAGGAUCUAAAGGAUAUUGGGACCUUAAUUAAAAAAAUAGUGCCUGAAAAAAACUCCAAAGUUCAUGAAGCAGACACAUUUCUAACAUCUAACCCUAAAUGCACCGCUGCCUCUCAACUUUUCACAAAUGUCAAUAAAGCCAACAACAAAUACAAUAAGGUCAACUUGCUGCUGAAGUGCGCAGAAGACAGACUUUUGAAUUCCAAUCGUCUGGAGAGCGCUCUACAAACUGUAAGGGCUCUUCUGUCCACCUAUGAAAUGGCACUGACAAAGGAUGAAAUUAUGCCUCCUGACAUAGGCUCACUUGUAAGAUUACAGGACGACCUUUUUGAUAUUUCGUCUGAGUUGGCCUCCAAGAAGCCUACCAUUUCUGAGAUGCAGCAGAGCCUCUCAGUUGCCAAGUGGAGCUGUGAAAACGUGGCCAGCCAAAUGCAGGAGCACUGUCCUGACAUCGACAGGCAGGAAGCAGAAGCCCACAGGCUAGCAAAGCGCUUUGAAAACCUGGUCAAGCGGGUCAACAAUAGGUCUAAAAGCCUACAAAGAGCCAAAGCAGCUUAUAACAACUAUCACAAUAAAUACAAUGACCUAAAAGAAUGGCUUUCCCAGCUACCAAAUUAUGAACCACAAGAAAUGGAUGAUGUCAAACAAGUGGAAACAAAACUGAAAAAGCAAAGAAGUCUAUUGUCUGAUGUUGCAAGGAAGGAGUCUGAUUUGCAUGAUGUGCUAAAAAAUGCACAAGUGUAUCAAGAAGCAGUCAAGGACUACGAAAGUGAAACUGAACAAUUUAAAUCAAUUCUUGACCUUGACGAAGGUCAAGUCCUGCGGACAAGAAGACCAUUUGAAUCUCCAGGUUUGAAAGUUAAAAAUGAGGUGUCUGCCAUAGAAACCAGGUUUACAGAAGUUAAUGCCAUAAACAAGCAAAGACUUCAGAGCCUUGAAUAUGCACAAAGUCUCCUCUGCCAGCAGAAUAUAAAGUCUCUGAGGUUGGUGGCACCAGCAGAACAACUCUGGAGGUUAAAGAAGAACCUGGAAAAUGAAAGUGACUACAGAAAACAUGUUGAAAAAGAGAUCCAAACCAUCCAGAAUGACAUUUUCUUGCUGGAAAAUCAGACCUCACAAGACACAAUUGUUAAGAAGGAGCUGAUUAAAAAGGCUCUUGAUCCACAGCUUGUGGAAGAGGUUACCACAAUUCAGCAAAAACUCUUGCAGGAACAGAGAGUUACCCGGGGCCUAGAAAAAGAGCUGGAGGUCCUUCGGUUCAAACUGUGCAUGCUGGAAAAGGAGAUGGGAAAGGAUGCUCAACAGUACAUUGUUAAAGAAGUUCUGCGCAUUGAAAAGGACAGGAAAGCUGAGGAGGAGCUGAGAAGGCUGAAUGAUGAGCUGAAUGAAUUAAAGAGAGAGAGGGCAAUCAAAGAAAAGGAAAUCAAAGAAAUUCAGAGGGAGCUCAGUGUACUGACAGAGGUGAAAGCCAAAGAACAGGAAGUAGAAAUACAGGAAGAAGUCAUAAAGGUUAUUACUGACCCACAGCUGGAAAGUAAGUACCAAAUUCUGCAGGAGAACAAACAAAAAGAAAGUACAGCGAGAAAACAGCUUGAGGAGGAGCUGAGAAUCCUUCAGGAGAAACUGAAGGAAUUAGAGAAGGAGAAGACUACAGCUGAGCAAAAAUUAUGCAUCAAAGAGAUUCUGCAGGUGGAAGAAGACACUGCAGUACUACAAAGAGAAGUAGAUGAUCUUAGACAGCAGUAUGAAGAUGAAUUAGUAAAACACAAUUCAUCAGAGAAGGAAAAAGCAGACCUUGAGAGGAAAAAUUCAAGCCUGGAAAAGAAGGAAUCCAAGGUUCAGGAGAAAACACAUGAAAUUAUUUGGCCUGACCCAAAGGCAGAAAAUGAGGUGGUAAAGCUCCAUCAUGAUUUGACUGAACAGAAGAGAAGAUGUAAGGAUGCAGAGCUUCAACUGCAGGCUGUCCAAGAUGAGUUGAAGAUGCUAAGGAACAGAUCACAAGAUGAAUGUAAGGAAAUCAUGAAAGAAGUUGUGAAGUAUAAGAUGGACCCAGAGACUGAAAAGGAGCUGGAAAAAUUAAGAAAUGAAAUUGUAGACAAAACAUAUACAACAGAAAGUUAUGAAAAAGAAAUCCUUAAGCUUAAAGAUGAGGUUCAAAGGCUGAAAAACACCAAACCCCCUGUAGAGAUUAAAGAGAUUGUAAAUGAAGUUGUGCAGUAUUGCGAGGAUCCUACAACCAAGGAGGAGUUAAACACUCUGAAGAGGAAACUUGCUGAGGAACAGAAAAGGUGUUUGGAAUUGGAAAGGACUAGGUCAGAUAAUGAGGAAAAGAUCAAGCUGAGGAAGGCUCACCUUUCACAGGUGGAGGUUGUCCAGCAGGAAAUUGUGAAACUGGAUGAAGAUCCACUGCUGACAUCAGAGUACCAAACCCUAUCCGAAAGUAUCAGCAAUGAGCAGAAGCAAAAGAUAGCCCUGAAAGAAGAGCUUUUCCAGCUCCAGUGCCAGAUGUCUGACUUAGACUGUCAGUUGGAGGAGCUUAAGCAUGAAAGCAGUGCCCGGGAGAAAGCUGAAACUGAACUGCAGAGACUGAAAGUCCAGCUCAAUGACCUUGAGACCAGAGAAAAGGAAUCCAAGGAGAAAGCCGAGUUGAAGCGAAAUGAGGGCCUACAGAAAGACUCCCAACCAGACAGGGAACACUCCAUCCUUAGAAAAAAGUUGCAGGAGGAGCAGGAAAAACGUAUACUGCUUGAGAAAGAAUUGGAGAAAUUGAAACAAUGUACAAUGCUGACGAAAGUGGAAGUGCCAGAAAAAGUAGUUCUCUCUGAAAAAGUUCAAAUACAGAGAAACCCAGAGGCAGAACUAGACACAGAAAGACUGAGAAGAAUCUUGGAAGAAGAAUCAAAUCGGUGCUGUGAAUUAAAUAAACAGCUAAAUGAUAUUAACUCUAGACUAUGUGAUGUAUCACUUGCUAACAAACGGGCAAAUGAAGAACUGGAGUAUAUUCGAAAUGAAAGGUAUACCCUAGAAAUGCAGAACCAACGACUGAAGAAUAAAAUCGACAAUCUUCAAGCAGAAAUCCAAGUCACAACAAGCGUAACAAAAUACAUGACCGAAUCCUCUCCUUUACAAAAUGGAGAAAACCUUGAGUUAAGACUAGCUGCCAUUGAGAAAGAGCUCUCAGACCUGAGAAAUACUAACGAUGAGAAGGACCAAGAAAUCAAGAAGCUUCAGAAGAACCUGUCAGCUGCAAGAAUAAAGAGGGAACAGAGGGAGAGUCAUCUACGACGCUCUGUAUUGGUCAUUGAUCCAGGCACAAGCAAGGAAAUGACUCCAGAAGAGGCUUACAGUCAAGGGCUCAUAAACUUGGCCAUGUUUGUUCACCUUCAAAGUCAGGAGUGUGACUGGGAGGAGAUCACAUUGAUAGGACCAAAUGGAGAGUCAUCAGUGCUUCAUGACAGAAAAUCAGGCAAGCAGUUCUCCAUUGAGGAUGCUCUGAAUACAGGCACCAUAACAAAUAAGCAGCUCCAGAAGUACCGUAAUAAAGAAAUAACAAUCCAGGAGUUUGGAAUAAUGGUUUCUGGAAACCAGAUGUAGACAGAGCUUGUAUUUCACAAUAUGUAAAACAAUAACAGUACAGUUCAGAUGUGAUUUCUGCAUGCCCCCCUCCCCCAAUCACUGGCUUACAGGGAAGGUUUUAUUGGGAAUGGAGAAAUUUUUAAAACUUUGUCAUUUUAACACAAAAUUAUACUUAUUUGCUAUCCUUUAUAAAGAAAUGCAUUUGAAAACUGAAAAUAAAUUCCUACUACACUAAUAUUUUUUCACCUUGG